GGGCGGGGCCGGGCGGCGGGAGCGCCACGCACGGCGGCGGCGGCGGCGGCAGCGGCAUCUGGAGCUGUGACUGUAACGGCGACAGCGGCGGCGGCUCGGCCGAUGGGACGCAGCUGAGUCUAUGCGGCGGUUGGAGCGGCUGUGUCUUCGGCGGCGGCGGUGGGGACCGGCCCGGGAGCGGGGAGGAGAUAAGAUGAAAUAUCAGAAAUACCUGACGGUGCUGCAGAUGGCUAUCGGGGUCACCCCGUCCAACCGGGGCAGUCUUCUGCCCCUCAAGAGGAAGCUCUGGGUAACUCCAUCUUCUGAAAAUCCUAAUGGUGCUACUUCUAGUGUUAGCCAAGGAAAGCCUUCUUUAAGACGAAUAAAAGGAAGGAUACACAGAAGCAAAAGCCUUGAUAGCAUUGAUUUCUGUGAAUUUACAAGCACAACAAUGGAGGAAACGGCUAUAUGGGAACAACACACAGUGACGCUUCACAGGGCUCCUGGAUUUGGGUUUGGAAUUGCAAUAUCAGGAGGAAGAGAUAAUCCUCAUUUUCAGAGUGGUGAAACUUCAAUAGUUAUUUCUGAUGUGUUGAAAGGAGGUCCAGCUGAAGGACAACUUCAGGAAAAUGAUCGUGUUGCAAUGGUUAAUGGUGUUUCCAUGGAUAAUGUGGAACAUGCUUUUGCUGUUCAACAAUUAAGGAAAAGUGGGAAAAAUGCAAAAAUUACCAUUCGAAGAAAGAAGAAAGUUCAGAUACCUGUAACCCGUCCAGAGCCUGAGCCAGUAUCUGAAAAUGAAGAAGACAGUUAUGAUGAAGAGGUACAUGAUUCAAGAGGUACACGAAGCGGUCCAGUUGCUAGUAGAAGGAGCGAAAAGAGUUGGGUGAGAGAUCGAAGUGCAAGUCGAGAGAGGAGUUUAUCUCCUAGAUCAGAUAGGAGAUCUGUUUCUUCCAGUCAACCUGCAAAGCCUACCAAAGUAACAUUGGUGAAGUCCCGGAAAAAUGAAGAAUAUGGGCUUCGUUUGGCCAGUCAUAUUUUUGUAAAAGAAAUAUCACAAGACAGUUUGGCAGCAAGAGAUGGCAAUAUCCAGGAAGGUGAUGUUGUAUUGAAGAUAAAUGGCACUGUGACAGAAAAUAUGUCUUUGACAGAUGCAAAAACAUUAAUAGAAAGGUCCAAAGGCAAAUUGAAAAUGGUAGUACAGAGAGAUGAGCGAGCUACGCUUUUGAAUGUCCCUGAUCUUUCUGACAGUAUUCACUCUGCUAAUGCAUCUGAAAGAGACGACAUUUCAGAAAUUCAAUCACUGGCUUCAGACCAUUCCACUCGAUCACAUGACAGGCCUCGCCGCAGCCGUUCACGAUCUCCUGACCAGAGAUCAGAGCCUUCAGAUCAUUCCAGGCAUUCUCCACAGCAACCCAGCAAUGGCAGUCUUCGGAGCAGAGAAGAGGAGAGAAGUUCCAAACCAGGAGCAAUUUCUACACCUGUAAAAAAUAUAGAUGAUCUCAUGCCUACUAAAGCUGUGGAAGAAGCUGUAGUUGAAAGGAAUGAAAAGCAGACCCCUACUCUUCCAGAGCCAAAGCCUGUGUAUGCCCAAGUUGGACAGCCAGAUGUAGACUUACCUGUUAGUCCUUCUGAUGGUCUUCUCCCCAAUUCAACCCAUGAAGAUGGAAUUCUUCGGCCAAGCAUGAAACUGGUAAAAUUCAGAAAAGGAGACAGUGUGGGUUUACGUUUGGCUGGUGGUAAUGAUGUAGGAAUCUUUGUAGCUGGAGUUUUGGAAGACAGUCCUGCUGCUAAAGAAGGAUUAGAAGAAGGUGACCAAAUUCUCAGGGUAAACAAUGUAGAUUUCACAAAUAUCAUCCGAGAAGAAGCUGUACUUUUCUUGCUUGACCUCCCUAAAGGAGAAGAAGUGACAAUCUUGGCACAGAAAAAGAAAGAUGUUUAUCGUCGCAUUGUAGAAUCAGAUGUAGGAGAUUCUUUCUACAUUAGAACACAUUUUGAAUAUGAAAAGGAAUCUCCUUAUGGGCUUAGCUUCAACAAAGGGGAAGUAUUCCGUGUAGUGGAUACUUUAUACAAUGGAAAGCUGGGUUCUUGGCUUGCUAUUCGAAUUGGUAAAAAUCACAAAGAAGUUGAGAGAGGCAUCAUCCCUAAUAAGAACAGAGCUGAGCAGCUAGCCAGUGUUCAGUACACCCUUCCAAAAACAGCAGGAGGAGAUCGUGCUGACUUUUGGAGAUUCCGAGGUCUUCGUAGCUCUAAAAGAAACUUACGUAAAAGCAGAGAGGAUCUUUCUGCUCAACCAUUUCAGACUAAGUUUCCUGCUUAUGAAAGAGUUGUUCUUCGAGAAGCUGGGUUUCUUAGACCUGUAACUAUCUUUGGACCAAUUGCUGAUGUUGCAAGAGAGAAAUUAGCAAGAGAAGAACCAGAUAUUUAUCAAGUGGCAAAAAGUGAACCUAGAGAUGCUGGCACUGACCAGCGGAGCUCUGGAAUUAUACGUCUUCAUACUAUUAAGCAAAUUAUUGAUCGGGAUAAACAUGCUUUAUUAGAUGUAACACCAAAUGCUGUUGACCGUCUAAAUUAUGCACAGUGGUAUCCCAUUGUGGUAUUCCUUAACCCUGAUUCUAAGCAGGGUGUUAAAACAAUGAGAAUGAGAUUGUGUCCAGAAUCACGAAAGAGUGCCAGAAAAUUAUAUGAAAGAUCUCACAAACUUCGUAAAAAUAAUCAUCAUCUUUUUACAACUACUAUUAAUUUAAAUUCAAUGAAUGAUGGUUGGUAUGGAGCACUGAAAGAAGCUAUUCAACAACAGCAAAACCAGCUGGUUUGGGUUUCAGAGGGAAAGGCGGAUGGUGCUACAAGUGAUGACCUUGAUUUGCAUGAUGAUCGUCUAUCCUACCUAUCAGCUCCAGGUAGUGAAUACUCAAUGUAUAGCACGGACAGUAGACACACUUCUGACUAUGAAGACACAGAUACAGAAGGUGGGGCCUACACUGAUCAAGAACUAGAUGAAACUCUUAAUGAUGAGGUUGGGACUCCACCGGAGUCUGCAAUUACACGGUCCUCUGAACCUGUAAGAGAGGACUCCUCUGGAAUGCAUCAUGAAAGCCAAACAUACCCUUCUUAUUCACCACAAGCUCAGCCACAACCAAUUCAUAGAAUAGACUCCCCAGGAUUUAAAACAGCCUCUCAACAGAAAGCAGAAGUCUCAUCUGCAGUCCCUUACCCUUCGUCUGAAACACACCUUGCAUCAACCUCUGCUGUUAUUCCUAAUGUAAAUCUAACUAAUAUCCAACUGGAGGAGCCAGUCCCAGCUCCUUACAACUCCUAUCAGCCACAAGCGGGCCCCUUAACACCACCAAGUACUGAGGCAUCUCAGAUAGUGCUAAGAGAUCAAGAACCAUCAUUGUCGUCGCAUGUAGAUCCGGCAAAGGUAUAUAGAAAAGAACAAUAUACCGAAGAACCUCCAAGACAGAAUUAUGUUAUAAAACAGUUGCCUAUUAAUCACCCAGUACAGAGACAAGAAAAAGAAUCUAAUUUGAACUAUGAACCUCAACCAUUGUAUGCAGAAAAACAAUCCAAUAGAGAUAUCGAGCAGUCUACAUUCAAAUAUGAUUCUGCCAAUUAUACAGAUCAGUUGCCUAGAAGCUAUGACCCUCGCCUGCAUUAUGAGGAUCACCGGACACCAUCUUAUGAAGACCAGUGGACCUAUUAUGAUGACAAGCAGCCUUACCAACCAAGACCUUCCUUUGAUAAUCAGCACCCUCGAGACUUUGACCCUAGACAGCAUCCUGAUGAGACUUCAGAACGUGCUUACUUUCCAGUACAACCUCGUUUUGAAGAACCUACUCCAGUAUCUUAUGACAGUAGAUCACGCUAUGAACAGCCCCCUAAAAACUCUAAUCGAUAUGAAGAACAGCUAACUUCUGGGUAUGAUAUUCAUGGUAGAUAUAAAUCAGAAGCACAGACUUACUCUUCAACAACGUCCAAGUCUUCUGAAGCCAAGCAGUAUUUUGAGCAAUAUCCACGAAGUUUUGAACAAGUACCACCACAAGGAUUUAAUGCCAAAGCAGGGCAUUAUGAACCUUCUUCCCAGGGCUCUACAGGUGUUCCUUCUCUAACACCCUCAACUCAAAAGUCAGAAGUGCUUCCUUCAAACACCAAACCGCUUCCACCACCACCUACUAUAAUUGAAGAUGAGGAAGAUCCAGCAAUGAAACCGCAGUCUGUGCUUACUAGAGUCAAAAUGUUUGAAAACAAAAGAUCAGCAUCAUUAGAAAGUAAGAAGGACAUUAAUGAAACAGCUACUGUUAAGCCUCCAGAAAUAGCACCUAAACCUACAGUUGUUCCCAUCAGUGGUCCUAAAUCUACUUCCCAAAAUCAGUUCAGUGAGCAUGAUAAAACAUUGUACAGGUCCCCAGAACCACAGAAACCUCAGAUGAAGGCACCUGAAGAUAUUGUUCGUUCAAAUCACUAUGAUCCUGAGGAAGAUGAGGAAUAUUAUCGAAAGCAGCUCUCAUAUUUUGAUCGAAGAAGUUUUGAAAAUAAACCUUCAGCACAAGUUCCUGCCAGUCAUCUCAUAGAGUCUGCCAAACCAAUUAAUUCUCCCAAUCAACUAAGUUUUUCUAAUUAUUCUAAGGGAAAGCCUAUUGAAACUGAUAUGAUGGAUAGAUCUUUUGGUGAAAAACGCUAUGAAUCAGCCCAAGUUACUCCUCCACCACCUCCACCUCCUUCACAAUAUAGCCAACCAUCUCAGCCUAUUACCAACUCUUCAGUGUCUCUUCAUACACACCAUAAGGGACUCAAUUCUGAAGGAAACUCUUUGUCAAUGGACUUUCAGAAUUCUUUAGUGUCUAAGCCAGACCCACCUCCAUCCCAAAACAAGCCAUCGACAUUCAGAUCUUCAAACCGAGAAGAUACUGUUCAAUCCACUUUCUAUCCUCAAAAAAGUUUUCCUGACAAAGGCCCAGUCAAUGGAACUGAACAGACUCAGAAAACAAUCACUCCAGCAUAUAACCGAUUUACACCAAAACCAUACACAAGUUCUGCCAGACCAUUUGAACGAAAAUUUGAAAGUCCUAAAUUUAAUCAUAAUCUCCUGCCAAAUGAAACUCAGCAUAAACUGGAGUUGUCAUCCAAGGCUCCAAAUUCUCCAAAACCAUUUUUGAAAACACACAGUUCAUCACAACCUCCUGAGUUUGACAGUGGAGUAGAGACAUUCUCCAUUCAGACAGAUAGACCCAAAUAUCAACCAAAUAAUAUUAGUGCAGUGCCUAAAGCAAUUCCUGUAAGUCCUUCAGCUUUAGAAGAUGAUGAAGAUGAAGAUGGUCACACUGUUGUAGCCACAGCAAGAGGAAUUUUUAAUAGCAAUGGUGGUGUCUUAAGUUCCAUAGAAACUGGAGUUAGUAUAAUUAUUCCACAAGGGGCUAUCCCUGAAGGAAUUGAGCAAGAAAUCUAUUUCAAAGUCUGCCGUGAUAAUAGCAUCCUACCACCUUUGGAUAAAGAAAAAGGUGAAACGCUGCUCAGCCCUUUGGUUAUGUGUGGGCCCCAUGGACUAAAAUUCCUGAAGCCAGUGGAGCUGCGCUUACCACAUUGUGCGUCUAUGACUCCUGAUGGUUGGUCUUUUGCUCUAAAAUCAUCCGACUCCUCGUCGGGUGACCCUAAGACCUGGCAAAACAAGUCCCUUCCUGGAGAUCCAAAUUAUCUUGUUGGAGCAAAUUGUGUGUCUGUUUUGAUUGACCAUUUUUAAUACUAAAAGUAGAAACUUGAUUAAAUAAUGUGAAACUUGGUUAGACUUACUGAAUUUUAAGUGGAACCACUCUAUCAAGUAUUAUGCUGUUCAUAGAAGUGAUGAUGGGACUAGUAUUAAGUAUUUUAUUUCAGCUUAUGAUGGUUUAGCAAGGACACCCUUGAACCAUGACCAGAAAACAUGCCACAAAACUUGGAAGAAGUGAUGAAAAACUGGUAUGAACUGAGGGGAGGGAGGUAUUGUGAAUGCAUUUUAGUUUUUAAUUGGCUUUUGUAUUUUUGAAGGGCACUGGAAACUUUACAAUGGUAGAUUUCCGUUAAAUUACCAGGCAGUGAGUGGGGGAUAUAUUUUGGACUAUAUUAUUUUUUAACUGCUGGUAUAAAACUACAGCAUUUCGGCCUGGGUUUGACAUGACACAAAGUAUGUUUUGAUUUGCACAGGGGGUGUGUGUGUAUGUACACAAACACACACACACACACACACACACACACACACACACAUAUCCCCUCUUGAAAUGCAAAUGUGUCUGAUGCAUAUAUCCAGUAUAGUGAAUUUAACAGCAAGCUUCAGCUAGCGUAAUAAGAGCUUGUUUGGAAAACGAAUUGGUAUUGGCUUGCUUUAUAUGAAGACACUUAACUUUUCUUUGAGAUGGACACAGAGCAUAUGAGACUUGUUCAGUGGCCUAUUUGAAUCUGUAAAUUAACCAUAUUACUACAGACAUAUUAACCAGCAGGGAUGCCUUACCCUUAUGUUUUUUAAUAGUUUUAGACUAUCUUAGUUCUGUAUGGCUAAGUUUUUGUAUGGCUUUUGUGCUUAUCUAUAUAAUAUAUCAUGACACAAAUUGGGGGGAAAUGAUUGUGAAUUUGUUGGUUUGAAACAAAAUGUCAUCAACCUGAAAAGAACCAGAAGAAAAUAACAGUAUGGGGUUUUUCCCCCAUGUUGGGGUGGGGAGGGUUUGCUAUGCAUUUGAAAAUUUAUAGAUAAGGAUGCUUGUACAUAAAGCGUGCAUACCCCUUUUGUUCUUGGUUUGUAAAUUAACUUUUAUAAACUUUACCUUUUUAUAUAUACAUAUAUAUAUAUAUAUAAAACAAGUUUCUUAAAGGAUAUCUUUGUAUUCUCUCCUAUACCUUUUGAGCCUUGAACUUUGACAUCUUGCAGCAAUAAAGCAGCAUUUCUAUGAUAAAAAUAUAAGGACAUUUUUUAGAACAAGAAUGCAGAAUUGUUACAUUUUUAAGUGCUGCAUUUGAAAGAUGCAUUAUUCAAAAUUCUCUAGUUUGAUUAAAUUCUUGAAAAGUAUCCCUACUGUAAUUUGUGAUACAGAUGCUGUAUUAUGUGCCCUAAAAUGUAUUUUUUUACUAAUAGACAAUUUAUUAUGGCACAUCAGCACUAUUUGUUUAGAAUGAUACACCACUGCAUUCUGUUAAUCAAUUAUAUUAGCUCUUCAGGUGUGGAUGAUUUUUUUCUUUGCAGUUAAUAAAAAAUUCAAAUUUCUAAAUAAGCAGAAUAAAACUUUUUAAAAUAAUAAAA